AUGGAAGCGACUUUCUGGAUGUUGGUUGGAACAUCAAUGUCAUGCUCACACAUCGCAGGUGUGGCUGCGUUGAUCAAGGCCGCACGCCCUAACUGGAGCCCAAGCGCCAUCAAAUCCGCUCUCAUGACCACGGCCUACACACUCGACAACACGAAAUCCCUCCUCCACGAUGCCGCCGGGGGUAGUUCCACCCCAUUAGCUCAUGGUGCGGGCCAUAUCAAUCCCAAAAAUGCCCUCUACCCCUGCCUCGUCUACAACAUCACAACCGACGACGACAUCAACUACCUAUGCUAUUAUUACUGCGCCAGGGAUAUGGGACCCAUUGUCCAAAAGCCCAACUUCACGUCUGACAACAAAUUAUUGGUCCCUGGCAAUCUUAACUACCCAUCCUCUUCGGUACAAUUCGAAUGGAAUAUGGUGGUCAAGUACGGCCGUGAGGUGACGAAUGUGGGUCCAGCACGAUCGGCUUACAGUGUAACAGUUGAUGCGCCGAUGAGUGUUGGAGUGAAGGUACUUACCGACCCCGAGAAGGCUGAGAACUGGUUGGAUCGCAUAUCCAAGAUGUUGAAGCCGUUGCACUAUAUGGAAGAAGAGCAAGUUGAGCUUGUUACCUAUAUGUUUGAAAAGGAAGCUAGUCUUCGGUGGGAUAACAUCUUACGAACCGUUCCCUCAGGAUUCGUGUGGACGUGGGAUGCGUUCAAAACCCAUUUUCAUGGGAAAUACUUUCCCCUCACUUACCGUAAUGAAAAGGAGGGUGAGUUUCUCCGCCUUCAACAAGGAGGAAUGACCGUGGUAGAAUACGAGAACCAUUUCAAGAAGUUGGUCAGGUAUGCUCCAUUUAUCCUAGCAAAUGAGCAGAUGAGGAUGUGA